CGACCUGUCCAGGGUGUAUUCCUGCCUUUUGCCCAGUGUAUGCUGGGAUAGGCUCCAGCCCCCCUGCGACCCUGUUGAGGAUAAGCGGGUUCAGAUAAUGGAUGGAUGGAUGGAUUGAUGGUAUUGCUCAGUUGCAUGUCCAUUUAAAAAUGACGCUUUAUUCAGCACUAUUUUGUCUCCAAAUAAAUUCUCAGGUACAUUUUCAAGGGUGGGGUCCAAAUUAGUGUUAAAGCAACGAAACCUGUCGAUGUAAACUAUAGGUUCGCUACUGCAUAUACACGUGUGCUGAAAAGGAACAGCCGCAUCCACGCCCAUCUACUGUUAAAACCACAACACAAUAUUUCUCUAAGCAGUAGGAAUAGCCAAUGGAAUUUCUGGAUAUUGGGUUGUGAGGCGGUGUCUGUGCGCAGUUGCUACAGCAGCAUCAACUGUAGACAAGAGCCAAGGAAGGCAGAAAGAUGGAGGCUUUUGUGGAUAUGGAAGCCCCACCUCCAAGUGAGGAUCUAAUUGCUUGCAAAAUAUGCGGGAGAAGUUUUUACUCUGGUGUACUCAAGAAGCAUGUUCCCAUUUGCCAGAAAUCUGCUGCUAAAAGGAGGAGGGUUUUUGACUCCAGCAGACAGAGGGCAGAAGGAACGGACAUCUCCACUGUGAAGCCGAUAAAACCUAAGUUACACAGUGCAUCCUACAAGUCUGAUAAACCCGAACCGCCUAAGAAGCAAUCAAACUGGCGCAGAAAGCACGAAGACUUCAUCGCCACCAUCCGGGCUGCUAAGGGAAUAACUCAAGUCAUGAAAGAUGGAGGUCCUCUUCCCCCACCCCCACCCCCAUCUUAUGACCCAGAUUACAUCCAGUGUCCUUACUGUCAGAGGCGCUUCAGUGAAAACGCAGCAGACAGGCACAUCAAGUUCUGUAAGGAGCAGGCAGCUCGCAUCUCCAACAAGGGAAAGUUUUCAGGAGAUACCAAAGGGAAGCCUCCGGUGAGGACCCAGUACAAGCCUCCCCCAGUGAAGAAGACCAGUUCCCCCGCAGUGUCCUCCGUGCCACCCUCCUCCUCCUCCCGCUUGCCACAGCGCUCCUUGUCCGGGCAGUCUGCUGCAGGGGUUCCCUCCAGCAGAACGCCCUCGGCUGGGUCUGUGAAAGGCGUGUCCUCCGGGUGCUCACAGUCUCGCACCAACUCUGCUGGCCUUACCAGUCCUCCAUCUGGAUUAAAUAUGAAAUCUGGAACAGGAACUUCUCCAGGAUCUUUGAAGAAUACAUCAUCUGGGGUUGGAAUGAAUAGAAAGAAAGUCUAUGAUGCAGAUAGCUACAAUUCUAGGAAUCAUGCCAAAAGUGGUGGUGAAGUGGAUUCAGCUCAGCAGACCAAGUUCUGUCAUGAAUGUGGGACCAAGUAUCCUGUGGACUGGGCCAAGUUCUGCUGUGAGUGUGGGGUGAGAAGGAUGUGCAUUUAAGUGUAGGACAUCAGACUGAUAUACUGAUUUUUAUUACUGUUCUAUUGCUACCAUCCUCCCACAUGAUUGCUUAUUGCUUACCCUUUCAAAUAGAAUGCCAGUUGCUUGAUUAUGACUUCCACCCACUUCAUAAAAGUGUGUCCUUGAUGUGCAAUAUGAUUGACUACUAUUUGAAUAUGGGAUGUCUUUAAGAAUUUCUUCCUAAAUGUACAGCGGGUUUAAGACCAACACUCCCUGUGGGUCCACAGUUCCCUUGGAAAUUAGGCUUUAAUUAAUGAAAUGUGAAAGUCAAUAAAAUGCUAUGAAAUGGUCCCAUUUCACUUUAAUGUUCAUAUGUAAACAGUUUAAUAUGAGGACUUCCUCUAAGUUGUAGCUUAUGUAUCUUUCAUUUAAAGGAAAAUAGACAAUACAAUAUCUACAAUAGGGACCUACUUUAGUGUUUUAAAUUUAUUUUUUAACAAAUGAUACAUUUACAAUUUGUGAAUAACAAAAUUGAAAUUACAUUUAUUUUGGCUGCUUUUUAAUUUAUUUAUUUUGUUAAAUGGUAUAGAAAUUAAAUGUGUAAUGUUUUUGUUUUUAAUAAUUAAAUUUAACCGGUAUUAGGAAAGAAAUUGAUUUUUCUUUACAGUGCAUACAAGUAUUUUAUUUCACUGUUUUUUUUUUACAGUAUGUUUCUGCGUGUGUACAAUGAUAGUUUCAAAAUAAUUUUCUAAGUUUGGAAAAGACUAUAGCGACUAAGGCUAAGACUAAGGAGCAUCGGCACCAUAUCAUGCAAAGCAAAUGCAAAAUCAAAUACUGUCAUACUGUAUAUGCAGGAAACCUUAAGCAGUGUUGUCUGCCUAAAACAGGGGCUUUGGUGCUUUCACCUCCAAUGAGCUUGCAAUCUACAGUUCUUAUCAGUUGAUGUACUUUCAAUUCACUGUAUGAAUACUGUCAAUAUAGCUGAUGGAUUAAAAACACAGAAAUGUACCAAAUGCUGUUGUAAUCUUGAGUUUAUAAUAAAUAACCAGACACAAA